AUGGGAUCAGAACAAUCAGUGCCUCCUAAGAAACAGCCACAACGAGCUCCACCGGUCCGAAGAGGUCACACUAUAGCUAUAUCAAGUUUUCCUGAUACAAGAAGGCAAGAUCCGGUACCAAGUGGUAAUAACUCGCCAGGUGCGAGUAUGUGCUCAGAUUCAGAACUGCCAUAUAUAUCUUAUACAGUGGAUCGGCCAAUAGGAGAUUCACCAAAACAUUCCUCGAAAUCUCAGAGAAUGGAUAAAAAAUCUCUUCUCCAAAGAAGACAGCUCAGUGUUCAAGCGAGAAAAAACAAACGUGCCCGAGACAUUGUUGUUGUGAAACACGCCACAGAUACACAAUUAGAUGAAGAUAUAAGGAGGUUGCAGGAGAUACCCACGUUCUUACCGAUCAUGCGAGGGACUCUCGGUCUGCCCGGCGCCAGGGACCCUGAAGUACUUGAAGGAUUAGAUCCUAAACCUUGGGUGAGGAUGACGACUCGUAUUCAAGCUCAUUUAGCUGCCUGCUCACAACCUCUGGCCACUGAAGAGAUACACCUUGCUAAUAAAAUAAAAGAGGCUGAUGCAGAAAUAACCCGCCUAUAUACAAUAUCGGUGGAAAAACAAAGAAACAACGCAAGAAACGCAGAGAGACUAUCGCGUGUAAGAGAAGUGGCACAUCAAUUGUCUAGAUGUAACUCUUUAUUGAAUCAGACCCUACAAGACAUAGAUGAAUUAAAUAAAAUGCUCCCAGAAGAUAAGCGUUUAGAGCCGUUUUUAAAUUUAACCAAAUCUACGAUGGCAUCAGAAGGCUAUACGUCGAGUGAGUUGGAAUCGAUGCCGGAUCGCAUAGCAAAAACGUUUUCAGGCUUAAAAGUACUAAUAACUGGGGGUACUGGAUUUAUGGGCAAAGUUUUGGUGGAGAAACUCUUAAGAAAAUGCCCGGAUAUUGGUAAAAUUUUCCUGUUUGUUCGUUCCAAAAAAGGCAAAACUCCAAAACAGCGACUCGAAGAAAUGCUAAAUGAUGAACUUUUCACAAAACUUCGAAACUUAAGAGGUGGUAUGGAACCUUUAUUGGAGAAGUUGCAAAUUGUGAACGGUGAUGCUUCAGCGCCGGAUCUAGCUAUGAGCGACACAGACCGACAAAUGAUAAUCGACAAUGUUAACAUAAUAAUACAUGCUGCUGCUACUAUCAGAUUCGAUGAAGAACUUAAAAAGGCGGUUUUACUCAACGUCCGAGGCACCAAAUUAUUUUUGGAGUUAGCGAAACAAUGUAAACAUCUUCAGCUUUUCAUCCACAUUUCGACUGCCUAUUGCCACUUACAUGAAAAGCUUCUAGAAGAACGUCCGUAUCCUCCCCCAGCAGACCCACACAAGAUAAUCGACGCUGUGGAGUGGAUGGAUGAAGAAACGAUCGCUACUAUCACUCCCAAGUUAUUAAGCAAGCUACCUAAUUCCUACGCUUUCACUAAGGCUUUAGGAGAAGCGUUAGCUGUGGAAGCGAUGGAACACAUACCUAUCAUCAUCUUGCGCCCAUCUAUUGUGAUCCCCAUCUGGCAAGAACCAUUACCAGGUUGGACAGAUAACAUAAAUGGACCUGCAGGACUGUUAAUUGGCGCUGGAAAAGGCGUCAUCAGAACUAUGUACUGCAAAAGCAACAGCUACGCUGAUUUCUUACCUGUUGACGUAUUCAUCAACGGAAUAAUGAUUAGUGCUUGGAAUUACAUAAAAAAUGGAGACAAAAAAUCUAACGUGGUGAAUUUCACUUCAUCCGCUGAAAUCAAAGUGACUUGGCUCGAGAUGAUAGAUGCUGGGAGGGAGAUCAUUAUGAAUAAAGUACCCUUAAAUGGUGUUGUCUGGUAUCCAGGUGGUUCUAUGAAACAUUCCAGGCUAUACCACAAUAUCUGCGCGUUGUUCUUCCAUUGGAUCCCAGCAAUUCUCAUCGACACACUUCUCUUCUGUCUUGGUUAUAAACCAGUAUUAAUGCGUGUACACCGUCGUAUAAGCAAAGGUUUCGAUGUGUUCGAGUAUUAUACAAAUAACCAGUGGGACUUCAAAUCUGAUAUCGCACAGACUGUCAGACUGAGCCUCAACGCGAGGGAGCGGAGAGAUUAUAAAGUCGAUGCUAUUGGUUUGGACAUAUUAAAAUAUUUCGAGGACUGCAUCAAAGCUGCUCGCAUCUACAUUUUGAAAGAAUACGAUGACACUUUACCUGCAGCUAGACGACACAUGAAGAUAAUGUGGUUCGUUGAUUUGGUCACAAGAUUCAUAUUUUGGGCUCUCGUUAUAUAUUGGGUCAGCGGUUGGAUGUCGUCUUUCUAUACAUUUUUAGUAGGUUCGAGUGAACUAACCCAUAAAACUAUGAUAGAA